AUGGUAAUAGAGCCGAGGGUGAGGAGUGAGGACAGUGUAGAUAAGUGUUUGUCUGCUCAAGGCAGCCUCCACCCCCUAAUUCACCUGCUUGUCUGAGUGCCACAGUAACACAUAGCUAUCUCUCCUGUUAAGAUAUGCUUCUACAGCCUAUUCAGGCAGAGCCCUGACUGUCUGACUCUCCCCUGACUGUCUGACUCUCCCCUGACUGUCUGACUCUCCCCUGUGAUUGCUUGUCCAUUUACAUCCAUUUAAAGGGCCUGGAGGAGUGAUGCUGGUCUCUAUCUGAGGAACUGAGGUGUAAUAGGUAGCAACAGGGUACAAAAAGUUAAGUCAUCAAAUAAAGAUAGGUACCCGCACACUAUUGAAUGCUUCCACAGUUUUAUUGAGUGCAACGUUUUGACCUGAAAGUCUUUGUCAGGCUUAACAAUAAAGGCAGAAAGGGUUUCACUUACUCUGUGCUGUUGUUUUUGUGUGUUUGCAGUGCGGGACCCAAGGGAGACAACAUCUAUGAAUGGAGGUCCACCAUCCUGGGACCACCAGGCUCUGUGUACGAGGGAGGGGUCUUCUUCCUAGAUAUCACCUUCUCAUCCGAUUACCCCUUCAAGCCACCAAAGGUACUGUACGCUUUAUUCACUUGCUUUAUAGGUUUAGAGGUGGUUGUUUAAACAGUUCAGUAACAUGGAAGCCUCUGCUUGCGUCCCAAAUGUCACCUUAUUCUCUAUGUAGGGAAUAGGGUGCCGUUUGGGACGCAGCCUCUGUCUGCAGCUAGUCCUCUAUUGUUCUACAUGGAGGUCAGGUCUGACAGGAGUUUGCUGAGGUCAUCAGUUGAAACCUUGAGGCUGAUAAACAUGAUGUCUUGUCUUGCCUUAUGCUUUUGACCAACUGUGGCGCUGCCUGGCCAUCAUCUCGUUGAGGCUACUACACAAGCAGCAGUUACACCACAGCACUCUGCUCUACUGUCACAUGACUGUGAAGACCAGGGGACCAAAAUCACCCUGAGCCAUUUAACACAAUGCUGUUAUUAUUGAGAAAGAGUGGCAGCAUUGGUGGUCUGUCUCAGUCAGGCGUGGCUUUGUGGCUGUGUGAUACUGGGCACUAAGAGAGAAGCCCAGCAGAGUCUCUGUGUGUCCCCCAAAUGGCACACUAUUCCCUACAUAGUUUACUACUUUUGACCAGGGCCCAUAGGGCUCUGGUCAAAAGUAGUGCACUACAGUGCCUUCAGAAAGUAUUCACACCCCUUGACUUUUUCCAUAUUUUGUUAUGUUACAGCCUGAUUUUUAAAUUGAGAUGUUGUGUCACUGGCCUACACACAAUACCCCAUAAUGUCAAAGUGUAAUUAUGUUUUUAGAAAUGUUUAGAAAUUAAUACAAAAUGAAAAGUGGAAAAGUCUUGAGUCAAUAAGUAUUCAACCCCUUUGUUAUGGCAAGUUUAGAUAAGUUCAGGAGUAAAGAUGUGCUUAACAAGUCCCAUAAUAAGUUGCAUGGACUCACUCUCUGUGCAAUAAUAGUGUUUAACAUGAUUGUUGAAUGACUACCUCAUCUCUGUACCCCACAUACAGUUAUCUGUAAGGUCCCUCAGUCGAGCAGUGAAUUUCAAACACAGAUUCAACCACAAAGACCAGGGAGGUUUUCCAAUGGCUCGCAAAGAAGAGCACCUAUUGGUAGAUGGGUAAAAAAAAAAAGCAGACAUUGAAUAUCCCUUUGAGCAUGGUGAAGUUAUUAAUUACACCCAGUCACUACAAAGAUACAGGCAUCCUUCCUAACUCAGUUGCCGGAGAGGAUGGAAACCGCUCAGGGAUUUCAACAUGAGGCCAAUGGUGACUUUAAAACAGUUGCAGAGUUUAAUGGCUGUGAUAGGAGAAAACUGAGGAUGGAUCAACAACAUUGUAGUUACUCCACAAUACGAACCUAAUUGACAGAGUGAAAAGAAGGAAGCCUGUACAGAAAAAAUAUAUAUUCCAAAACAUGCAUCCUGUUUGCAACAAGGCACUAAAGUAAUACUGCAAAUAAUUUGCCAAAGCAGUUUACUUUUUGUCCUGAAUAAAAAGUGUUAUGUUUGGGGCAAAUCCAAUACAACAGAUUACCACUCUCCACAUUUUCAAGCAUGGUGGUGGCUGCAUUAUGUUACGGGUAUGCUUGUAAUCGUUAAAUAAUAAUAAUAAUAAUAUGCCAUUUAGCAGAUGCUUUUAUCCAAAGCGACUUACAGUCAUGCGUGCAUACAUUUUUGUGUAUGGGUGGUCCCGGGGAUCGAACCCACUACCUUGGCGUUACAAGCGCCGUGCUCUACCAGCUGAGCUACAGACGACCACAUGGUCCAGUUAAGGACUGGGGAGUUUUUCAGAAUAAAAAAUAAACGGAAUGGAGCUAAGCACAGGCAAAAUCCUAGAGGAAAACCUGGUUCAGUCUGCUUUCCACCAGACACUGGGAGAUGAAUUCACUGUUCAGCAGGACAAUAACCUAAAACACAAGGCCAAAUCUACACUGGAGUUGCUUACCAAGAAGACAGUGAAUGUUCCUGAGUGACCGAGUUACAGUUUUGACUUAAAUCUACAUGAAAAUCUAUGGCAAGACAUGAAAAUGGUUGUCUAGCAAUAACCAACAACCAAUUUGACAGAGCUUGAAGACAUUUGAAAAGAAUAAUGGACAAAUGUUGCACAAUCCAGGUGUGGAAAGGUUAGAGAUUUACCCAGAAAGACUCACAGCGGUAAUCGCUGCCAAAGGUGCUGUUACAAGAUAUUAACUCAGGGGUGUGAAUACUUAUGUAAAUGAGAUAUUUCUGUAUUUAAUUUUCAAUAUGGGGUACAGUGCCUUGCAAAAGUAUUCAUCCCCCUUGGCGUUUUUCCUAUUUUGUUGCAUUACAACCUGUAAUUUAAAUGGAUUUUAUUUUGAUUUCAUGUAACUGACAUACACAAAAUAGUCCAAAUUGGUGAAGUGAAAUAAAAAAAAUAACUUAUUUCAGAAAAUGCUAAAAAUAAAUAAUGGAAAAGUGAUGCGUUCAUAUGUAUUCACCCCCUUUGCUAUGAAGCCCCUAAAUAAGAUCUGAUGCAACCAAUUACCUUCAGAAGUCACAUAAUUAGUUAAAUAAAGUCCACAUGUGUGCAAUCUAAGUGUCACAAGAUCUCAGUAUAUAUACACCUGUUCUGAAAGGCCCCAGAGUCUGCAUAACCACUAAGCAAGGGGCACCACCAAGCAAGUGGCACCAUGAAGACCAAGGAGCUCUCCAAACAGGUCAGCAACAAAGUUGUGGAGAAGUACAGAUCAGGGUUGGCUUAUAAAAAAAUAUCAGAAACUUUGAACAUCCCACGGAGCACCACUAAAUCCAUUAUAAAAAAAUUGAAAGAAUAUGGCACCACAACAAAUCUGCCAAGAGAGGGCCGCCCACCAAAACUCACAGACCAGGCAAGGAGGGCAUUAAUCAGAGAGGCAACAAAGAGACCAAAGAUAACCCUGAAGGAGCUGCAAAUCUCCACAGCGGAGAUUGGAGUAUCUGUCCAUAGGACCACUUUAAGCCGUACACUCCACAGAGCUGGGCUUUACGGAAGAGUGGCCAGAAAAACGCCAUUGCUUAAAGAAAAAAAUAAGCAAACAUGUUUGGUGUUCGCCAAAAGGCAUGUGGGAGACGCCCCAAACAUAUGGAAGAAUGUACUCUGGUCAGGUGAGACUAAAAUGUUGCUUUUUGGCCAUCAAGGAAAACACUAUGUCUGGCGCAAACCCAACACCUCUCAUCACCCCGAGAACACCAACCCCACAGUGAAGCAUGGUGGUGGCAGCAUCAUGCUGUGGGGAUGUUUUUCAUCGGCAGGGACUGGGAAACUGGUCAGAAUUGAAGGAAAGAUGGAUGGCGCUAAAUACAGGAAAAUUCUUGAGGGAAACCUGUUUCAGUCUUCCAGAGAUUUGAGACUGGGACGGAGGUUCACCUUCCAGCAGGACAAUGACCCUAAGCAUACUGCUAAAGCAACACUCGAGUGGUUUAAGGGGAAACAUUUAAUUGUCUUGGAAUGGCCUAGUUAAAGCCCAGACCUCAAUCCAAUUGAGAAUAUGUGGUAUGACUUAAAGAUUGCUGUACACCAGCGGAACCCAUCCAACUUGAAGGAGCUGAAGCAGUUUUGCCUUGAAGAAUGGGCAAAAAUCCCAGUGGCUAGAUGUGCCAAGCUUAUAGAGACAUACCCCAAGAGACUUGCAGCUGUAAUUGCUGAAAAAGGUGGCUCUACAAAGUAUUGACUUUUGGGGGGUUUUCAGUUUUUUUGUCUUAUUUCUUGUUUGUUUCACAAAAACAAAACAAAAUGUUGCAUCUUCAAAGUGGUAGGCAUGUUGUGUAAAUCAAAUGAUACAAACCCCUAAAAAAAUCAAUUUUAAUUCCAGUUUGUAAGGCAACAAAAUAGGAAAAAUGCCAAGGGGGGUGAAUACUUUCGCAAGCCACUGUAUUGUGUGUAGAUGGGUGAGAGAAAAAAAUAUAUUUAAUCCAUUUUGAAAUCAGGCUGUAACACAACAAAAUGUGGAAUAAUUCAAGGGGUAUGAAUACUCUCUGAAGGCAGGGAGUAGGGUGCCUUUUGGGACGCUGCUUCUUUUGCGUUAUAGGCACUGCAGGGGCUCCUCUUUUUUAGCAGCAUAUAUUCUCAGUAAUACACUCUUCCGACAGGCUACACUGCCUAUUAUGUUUCUGAGAAAACUUUACGGAAGGUGGAUAUAAUCAGGAUCAUAAUAGCUUUCUGGUAGUGGAGGUGAGCAAUAGGGUUAUUUCAUAGAAAGCAAUCCCAUUUCACAUAAAAACUAACAGGCAUAAAUAUAUUUACGAGAAAUCAGCCUCAGAACUGAAAGUUGUACCACUCUAUACUGGACUGAGGGGGUGUUGUGAUAUGUUUGCUCUGUCUAGCAGUUCUAUUAUUCAGCGCAAAUCCCCUGUUUACAGUGAUGGGAUUAGCCUUUACAGUGGUUAUGGUAAUAAAAGACUGAGUCUGUCUCGUCUGGUUUCUAUUAACAUGUCAUAAAGAUGGCAUAUACAGUUUGACUUUAGAGAGAGCGCGAGAGAGCAAGAGAGAGGGCGAGAGAGCAAGAGAGAGAGAGAGAGAGCAGACUUGUUCAGAGGCGGUGUGGUUCCCCUCCAUGCUACCAAUUACCCAGGGGUGGUGUGUCUGUGUCUGACUCCCUCUCUCCCUAUCUAUAUAUCUUUCUUUCUUUUUCUCUCUCUCUCUUUCUUUCUCACUCUCUCUCUCUUCUCUCUCUUUCUCUCUCCCUCCCUCUAAUGUCAAAGCCAUAAACAGCUAGUGGCAUCAUUAAGAUCAUUGGCUGUGAGUGGUCCUAAUUGGUUUCCCCAUGCAAUAAGGGCUGCUCAGAGAGAGAAGGCCUCAAUGGGAUGUUAAAAGACUUCCCUUAUGUAAACACCACAUGAUUUCACAUGUGGAAAAUCACAUGAUUUCACAUGUGACAUUUCCACAUGUUUUGCACAUGUGAAAUCAUGUGAAACCAUGUGUUUUGCAACACUUCAUGUGACAUUUCCCAUGUGAGCUAAUUUUACAUUUACAUUUAAGUCAUUUAGCAGACGCUCUUAUCCAGAGCGACUUACAAAUGGGCGCAUCCAACUUAGGAAUCACCCUAGAUCAUGUAAAACCAUGUGUUUUUGGAACAUUUCACAUGUGGAUUUUCACGUGAUCGCAUAACCUUUCACGUGGAUUGAAAUUUUCACAUGGGAUUUCACAGAAAAAAGUGUGUCUUUAUGAUACACACACAGUGUUUUCAACUUACAUAUUUGACUGCAUUGUGUAUGUUUAUUUAUACAGUAAUUCUUAUUUAACAUGUCCUUACCUGGGAUUUGACUUCACAACCUCUUGGUUCACUGCAUUCCAAGCAUCCUGCUACGCCACCAUGUCUGUGUCAUUAACUGAUUUCACCUGUAUUCCUACAUUUUGGACUUCAAGUACAUCUCAGAUUUGCUAAAAAUACACUCAAGAAAAACGAUUAUAUUUAUCAUAGUGAUUCAGGAUUAACAUUAAAACAGAAUAAUAUGCCCCACCAACAUUAGACAAAUUCACAGAAAACCCUCAAAUUGCUGAAAUAAGUAAAUGUAAUCAAUGAUGAGAGAAUAGUCAGAAUAACUGAUAACUAAAAUAGCAGUGCAGAUGACACUCUUUUGCUAAGUGCAGAGAUGUAUUAUAGGUAUUGAAUGUGUAUGGGACUGCAACAGACUUUGUGGUGCAGCAGGAAGGGCAGUGUACCUCACAUCCAGAGGUUGUGUGUUCAAAUCCCAGCUGGAGUUAUACUUUAGCUGAACAGCAAUAUCACAUGAAAUUUCACGUGAAAAACAUGUUCACAUGUGAAGUUUCAAAACCAAAGUUUGUGAAGUGUUCCAAAAACACGUUUUCACAUGUGAAAUGUCACGUGAAGUCUUCCCAAAAAAAGCUUUUCCACAUAAUUUCACGAGAAAUGUCACAUGUGAAGUGUUAAAAAAAACAUUUCCACAUGUGAAAGAAGAAAUGCCAGAUGUGAAGUGUUCCAAAACCACAUUUUCACAUGAUUUCACAUGUGAAAUUUCACGUUUCAUGUGUGAAAUCAUGUGGUUCAACAUGUGAUAACAUACAAUUACACUGUUAGCCAUUGCUGUUAAUUUUGUGGGAAAAUUGUGUCAUUUUACAUUACAUUUCUACAGUAAUAUGUUAAUGUAUUUUGCUAUAUAUUUACUGUCAAUUGCAAUGCACAUGGGUAGGCUACUUUUUGGCCGUCAUGCAAAUUAACUUGGCAUGCCUUACUUACAAUUGCAUUUAAACUUAAAGGAUAGUUUAGAUAGGCUUAUUAUUUUAUAGUAAGUUACCAGCUACUGAGUUGCAGUGAAAAUAGUGGAACAACUUUUUAUGUAUUUCUACAGCUGAACUGUAUUUAGUCAGUAAAUAUACAACAACGAACUGUAUACAGGAAGUACACGGAAAUUCCAAUUCUCAUUCCAAUUAUUUUCAAUGCUUUUCCGGAAAAUGAGGAAAUGGAUUUUGGUUUACUUUCUGAAUUGACUGGAACUCAAUUUGGUUAGCACACUUGGGACACAAACACACUUGGGAUUUGCCAGCAACCUGGGAUUUUCCAGCAACCUGAAUUUCCUGCUUUGCCACCAGGUCUGUGGCCAUGACAGAGAUCGACCACAGAUUUAUUGGUAAGAAUACAUUUCUGCACUUUGCUAAAAGUUGCCCGUCCAUAAUCAAGUAAAUAAUUGUGGGAUUAUCUGACAAAACCAACGAAAAAGUAGCAGUGCUCAGAAACACUUGAAAUUAAGGCCUAGAUUCAAUCAGAUCAAGCGUAAACAGGGGUAGCCGACACCCGCAUAGCUGGGGUUUGGCAGUGUCGGAGAUGUAACUGCGUUACGGUACAGUGUUGUGCCCUGGUGUGCGUAAGGUACCUUCAGAGUUAGGAACUCGCAUCCACCUGUGGUAAAUUCAAUUGAUUGGACAUGAUUUGGAAAGGCACACACCUGUCUAUAUAAGGUCCCACAGUUGACAGUGCAUGUCAGAGCAAAAACCAAGCCAUGAGGUCGAAAUAAUUGUCCGUAGAGCUCCGAGACAGGAUUGUGUCGAGGCACAGAUCUGGGGAAGGGUACCAAAACAUUUCUGCAACAUUGAAGGUCCCCAAGAACACAGUGGCCUCCAUCAUUCUUUAAAUGGAAGACGUUUGGAACCACCAAGACUCUUCCUAAGGCUGGCCGCCCGGCCAAACUGAGCAAUAAGGGGAGAAGGGCCUUGGUCAGGGAGGUGACCAAGAACCCAAUGGUCACUCUGACAGAGCUCCAGAGUUGCUCUGUGGAGAAUGGAGAACCUUCCAGAAGGACAAAAACUCUGCAGCACUCCACCAAACAGACCUUUAUUGUAGCGUGGCUAGACGGAAGCCACUCCUCAGUAAAAGGCACUUGACUGCCCGCUUGGAGUUUGCCAAAAGGCACCUAAAGGACUCUCAGACCAUGAGAAAUAAGAUUCUCUGGUCUGAUGAAACCAAGAUUGAAAUAUUUGGCCUGAAUUCCAAGCGUCACGUCUGGAGGAAACCUGGCACCAUCCCUACGGUGAAGCAUGGUGGUGGCAGCAUCAUGCUGUGGGGAUGUUUUUCAGCCAAGGUCAAGGGGUCUGAAUACUUUCCGAAUGCACUGUAGGUGGGGGCAAUGUGCUGGCGGGGCCCAUUACCAUAUUUCGGGGCAUGUUCUAAAAUAUGUUGUAUUUGUUCCAACCUUCAGUCGGAGUGUUGUACCAGUUUAAGUGGUUUUAUCGUUGUGUUGGUUAAGGUUGAGUACCUCUUUUGACACUAGCUGGUCUACAAUCUUUGGCAGAGCUCGUGACAGUGAAGAGCUGCAUGGUGAAAAGGUUACUGCACAUAUUUUCCAGUAGCUUAAUUGCAGCUGGUUCACAGGAAGUUCAUGUUUAAUUUUCAAUAACUUACUGUCAACUAGUUGCAAGUGAGUUAAUGUGAAAUUCACAUUAACUUACUGUAGCUAAUCCAUCACACUCACCAAAAUGGUCUGGUAGGGAAUUGAGUAUUACAAUGACAUGGUUACUAGCUAUAAAUGAAAUAUUGUAUGGUUCCUUUGUUGUACAUGCACUUAUGGCAGCCUUUAACAAAGCUGCAAAACUGACAGCUUUGUGUUUAUGAACAGAAUACAAUAUAGCACAUUAACUGACUUAGCUGAAAGCCACGCCUCCAAUAAGCUACACCUGCAAUCUUCUGAUAGGCUGCAGCUGCUACAGUAUGCUGCCAAUCAGCAAGUGAUGCGCAUGUUGUCAACAGAAGAGUCGGUGAAGGCACAGUAGGUUACUGGCAAGGAUUGCAAGUGGCAGCAAAUGUCCUAUAGGUUACUGGCAACAACAACAAAAAAGGCAGUAUGUUACUGUGAAUUUGACAAUAACUUACAAACUAGUAGGUUCCAAGUAAAAAAUGACAAAUUCACAGCAACUUCUUGCAACAAGUUGCCAUUAACUUACUGGAAAAUACACAAUAACGUCUUUACAGUGAGUGCAGCUCAUUACUGACACAUUCUCUUACAAAGUUUCCAGAACAGACAGUGUCAAAAGAGGUGCUUAACUUGCAUCGGCAUAACCAUCAAACACUUAAACUGCUACAACAGUGUGCUUGAGCACUGCUAGUUUUACGUUAAUGUUACGUUGGUGGUGAUAAUUGCAUAAUUAUUUACUUGAUUCUGGGCAAUGAUGAAUAAUGCAGAAAUGCAUUCUUGCCAAUAAAUCUGUGGCCAUAUCUCUUUCAUGCUCACAGAUCUGGUGGUGUAGCUGCACAGUAGCAGAACAUUUCAGGUUGUUAGCGACCGAGAGGUUUUAAGUUCAAAUCCCAUUUAAGGUCCCAAUUGUCACAUGUAGUUUCAUGUUAUCACAUUGAGAUUUUGCAUCCCCAUGUUGUCACAUUUAUUUCACAUACAUUUCACAAGAUCAUGUUCUCACAUGUGCUAAUAUGUUGUCACGUGUAGUUUUAUGUUAUCACAUGUUGUCACGUUAUCACAUGAACUUUACAUUAAAUCGCGUGAUCAUAUGAGAUGUGAAAUUCAUGUGUUUUUUCCGUAAGGGUUAGCUCAACGCAUGUCACCGACUGGCCUACCUACCAGAUAUUGCAGGGAAAGGCCAAUAGAUAUUCACACACCAUUUGCUGGUACCUGAGGUCUCCCGGUCUUAUCUACUGUAUGAUGGCUUAAUUAUGGGAUGUGUUAAGUUGCCAUACACAUUUAUGCCAAUUGCCUGUCUGUCUUUAUGCUGUUUUAUAAGUGCAAAUGUCAAGGAUGUGUGGUUUAGCUUUGUGAGGUUUAGAUGACUACAGUGAAUGCAGACUUAACAGGGAAUGUUCUUGCUCCACAGUAAAUGUUCCAGCUCCUCCUCAGGCGGCAGGUAGCCUAGCAAUUAAGAGCAUUGGGCUAGUAACCGAAAGGUUGCUGGUUUUAAAUCCCGAGCCGACUAGGUGAAAAAUCUGUCGAUGUGCCCUUGAGCAAGGCACUUAACCAUAAUUGCUCCUGUAAGUCGCUCUGGAUAACAGCGUCUGCUAAAUGACUAAAAUGUAAAUAUAGCUCCUCAGUAAAUUAUCUAGCGCCUUGUUAAAUGUUCUAGCUCCCCAGUUAAUGUUUUGGUUCCUCAGUAAAUGAUAUAUCUCCCCAGUUAAUGUUCUGGUUCCUCAGUUAAUGAUCUAUCUCCUCAGUUAAUGUUCUAGCUACUCAGUUAAUGAUCUAUCUCCCCAGUUAAUGUUCUGGUUCCUCAGUAAAUGAUCUAUCUCCUCAGUUAAUGUUCUAGCUCCUCAGUUAAUGAUCUAUCUCCUCAGUUAAUGUUCUAGUUCAUCUGUAAAUGUUCUAGCUCCUCGAGCUCUAUAAAUGUUCUAGCUCCUAAGUAAAUGUUCUACCUCCUCAGUAACCCUUGCAUGCUUUAUUGUUGACCCCAUUGUUAACACUGUAUCUUAUCUUAUCUGCCUGGCUGGCUGAUAAAGCCUAAAUGUGUUUCAUGCCUUCCUCCUCUUCCACAGGUCAGUUUUCAUUUGAGGAAAGUGGCCCAAGAAAAACAAUCAGGGUGUACUGAUAUGUAUGUCUGUGUUGUUUCCUAGCCAGGGUAUAUAUUUACUUUCUGAUGUCUCCUUGGUGACGUUCUGCACCAGGAACUACCACUGUAACAUCGACAGUCAGGGUGUGAUCUGUCUGGAUCUACUUUAUGUUGUUUCUAAGGUGAUGUUAGAUCUGCUUUAUGUUGUUCCCUAGGUGACGUUCCGCACCAGGAUCUACCACUGUAACAUCAACAGUCAGGGUGUGAUCUGCCUGGAUAUCCUGAAGGACAACUGGAGCCCUGCCCUCACCAUCUCCAAGGUGCUGCUGUCCAUCUGCUCCCUGCUCACAGACUGUAACCCUGGUGAGUGACACAGCGGUCCACCAAUCAGACAUAUAGUAGAUAUACUGUACACAUGUAACAGACUGCAACCCUGGUGAGUGACACAGCGGUCAACCAAUCAGUCAUACAGUAGAUAUAAUGUACACAUGUAACAGACUGCAACCCUGGUGAGUGACACAGCGGUCAACCAAUCAAACAUACAGUAAAUAUACUGUACACAUGUAACAGACUGUAACCCCAAAGCAAGCCUCAAAACCAAAGACAUUACACUGCACUUGACUUGUAGAAUGUUUGCGCUGUGUCAGGGAUGGGACAGUGGGACAGCCAUCAAUUUAGAAAUCCUACUAAAUCUUUCUUCUACCUUGAUGCAUGCUUCAAUUUCUACUUGAAUGAAGUAAUUUAUACAAAGUUUAAAACGAAGCAAUCCUGUGUGCCUGCCUUGAGACUUGGAGAUCUAAGGUCGCCCUCUUACCAAUGACUGUGUACCAAUGACUAAGGCCUCUUACUCAUGAGUGUCUCAUCCCUUUACUCUCUUCAGUCAGUUUAGACUUCUGCAACCCUCUUACUAAUGCGUUGCUCAUCUCUCUUUCCUGUCUUCUCCCUCUCUCCUCAGCUGACCCUCUGGUUGGUAGCAUUGCCACUCAGUACCUGACCAACAGAGCCGAGCAUGACAGGAUAGCCCGACAGUGGACCAAGAGAUACGCCACUUAGAGGUCACGAUCCCUAACCCCUGACCCCGUCCUGUCUGAUCCCCUGUCCCCCCAGCCCCCCUGCCUGCAGUGUGAAGGUCCCGGAGGCGACGUCACAUCGUGCAACAAAUCUUUAUAGCCUUUACAAUACGGACUUCUGUGUAAAUGUCUGAUUACUGAUUCUACUCCUCCACAUUUUACCCUGCUAUGAGGACUGGGUCUGAAGAGAGACAGAGAGAGAGACAGAUCCAAGCAGGCAUUGUCUCACGUCAGAUAGCGAAGCGUCGCCUCUGUCUGCACUGAUAGUUCAUGGCAACACAGAGCGUUUGAAUGACGCCAUCUGUCGGAAGACAAUGCCCAACAAAAGGUAAAUGUAUAUUGGAGUAGAAUUUUGUAGCUGUAGAUUUUAGUUAUGUUUAAAUGCCUCUACUUGCAAGUCUUGCUUCUUUGGGAUAUAAAAAAAUAAAAUGUAUUUUGUGAUGUAAUAAAGGAAACUAUUC